GGAAAAACCUCUCUCUAAUCACCGCAACCCCUGAGUUUUUUCACCUGACAUUUCAGUUCUUAGCAUUUGUUGGAAAUCAUCUGAAGUGUUACUUUUAGAUCAUGGGAAAACUCUAGUGGUUCUGAUGUUCUCAAAAGGAUCAGUUGUGGUGGAUGGGCCAGAUUCAAGGCCAGUUCGUACAAGUGAUAGGCUCAAGAGUAGGCCAAGGCAUCAUAAUCGCCGCAUGUAUUAUACUCCAAAUAUUGUUAUGCGGAGUCAGAAAAAGAAGCCGAAGAAGAGAGCUUCAUCUGCACAUUUGGCGAAGUUUUUCCAACAGGAAAGAAACGCAAAAGAAAAUUCGGCGGAUGCCAAUCUUAGGCGGUCUACCAGGAAGCGGAGGAUGCCCAUGAAUCUUGAGGAAUACACUGACAGUUCAGGAACAGAGGAUAAUGAUAUGAUGGUGUCACCAGUGCCUAGAUAUCGAAGAUCCAGCAACAGAAUAAACAAUAGCAUUGCAAACCUAGAUGAGUUAACACCUCGUCGUGAGGGGCUAAGACCUCGUCGGGAAGGGCUCCGGCCUCGACGUUCCAGAGUAGGUUCUAGAAAAGCAUUGCGCAUAGAAUCCGAUGAGGAACAAAGCACAUCUGAUGAAAAGGAUGUAAAUGACGAACCAGAUAAUGCUAAAGAUAUGGAGGAUAAUGAUGCUGAUGAUGCAGAGGGGGAAGAGGAGGUUGCGGGUGAGGAGGAUGGUGAAGAUGAAGAAGAAGAUGGUGAUGAUGAAGAGGGGGAAGAGCAAGAGGGUACAAGGCGAUAUGAUCUCCGCAAUCGAGCAGAAGUCCGCAGACUCUCGAUAGAGCAGAGUAAACAAAUGCCAAGAUCUCCACGUAGAGUACUUCAUCAAGGAAUGGGUUCUAAAGCAGGCAGGGAUUCAAGGAGGGGCUCACGAGUUCAUAAACGUCAUCGAAUGACUAGAGCUGACGACUCUGAUGAUUCACUUCUAGUAGAUGAGCUUGAUCAAGGUCCUCCAAUACCAUGGGGAAGAGGUGGCAGCAGAUCUGCGGCACCUUGGUUGCUUGGAGGGGGGCUAGACAUGCAAGGGACUGCAUCAUUGGGGUUAAAUAUUGCUGCAUCUGGUUGGGGUCAUCAAAAUGAUACACUUUCUAAUUUAUCUUCUGGUAUUCAAACUGCUGGUCCAAGCUCCAAAGGAGGGGCUGACAUUCAGCCUGUUCAAAUUGAUGAGUCUGUAAGUUUUGAUGAUAUAGGUGGUUUAUCUGGGUAUAUUGAUGCCUUGAAGGAAAUGGUAUUCUUUCCACUGUUAUAUCCAGACUUCUUCGCAAGCUACAAUAUUACUCCACCCAGAGGGGUCCUAUUAUGUGGUCCCCCAGGCACGGGGAAAACAUUGAUUGCUAGAGCAUUGGCAUGUGCUGCUUCAAAGGCUGGACAGAAAGUCAGUUUUUAUAUGCGUAAGGGGGCUGAUGUCUUGAGCAAAUGGGUUGGGGAAGCUGAAAGACAAUUGAAAUUGCUAUUUGAAGAAGCUCAAAAGAAUCAGCCUUCAAUCAUCUUCUUCGACGAGAUUGAUGGGCUUGCACCUGUUCGGUCUAGCAAGCAAGAGCAGAUUCAUAAUUCAAUUGUGUCAACUCUGCUUGCCCUAAUGGAUGGUCUUGAUUCUCGCGGACAAGUAGUCUUGAUUGGUGCCACCAACAGAGUUGAUGCUAUUGAUGGAGCCUUGAGGCGCCCUGGGAGAUUUGAUCGUGAGUUCAACUUUCCCUUGCCUGGCUGUGAAGCACGUGCUGAAAUUCUGGAAAUACAUACUCGUAAGUGGAAGGAGGCCCCCUCGAAGGAGCUGAAACAGGAACUUGCAGCUAGUUGUGUAGGAUACUGCGGUGCUGAUUUAAAAGCUCUAUGCACCGAAGCUGCAAUACGUGCUUUUCGGGAAAGAUAUCCACAAGUCUAUACAAGUGAUGACAAAUUCUUGAUAGAUAUUGAUUCUGUGAAGGUGGAAAAGAAUCACUUUCUAGAGGCUAUGACAACAAUCACCCCUGCUGCACACAGAGGCUCCAUUGUGAACUCGAGGCCAUUAUCACCUGUUGUUUUUCCAUGUCUGCAACAACUUCUGGAAAAGGCUAUGAGUAUCAUUUGUGACAUAUUCCCUGUUGUUUCAUCAGAUGUAACAAAGCUCUCAAUGCUUUCCUAUGGAUCUGCAAUUUCCCUUGUCUAUAGGCCUAGGCUUCUAUUGUGUGGUGACGAUGGUGUUGGGCUGGAUCAUCUUGGGCCUGCAGUUUUACAUGAACUAGAGAAGUUUCCUGUUCACUCUCUUGCUCUGCCAUCUUUACUUUCUGAUCCUGGAGCUAAAACGCCAGAGGAAGCUUUGGUGCAUAUAUUUGGUGAAGCCAGGAGAACUACGCCAUCUAUACUAUAUUUGCCUCAGUUCCACCUUUGGUGGGAGAGUGCACAUGAUCAACUCAAGGCUGUACUGCGAACAUUAUUGGAAGAAUUACCUUCGGGUUUGCCCAUAUUACUGUUGGGAACAUCUUCUAUCCCGCUUGCUGAGAUAUAUGAUAGUCCCUCAAUAUUUUCCGACCGACAUGUUUUGCAUUUAAGCUCACCAUCAAAUGAAGACAGAUCAUUGUUUUUUGAUCAUCUGAUAGAAGCAGCAUUGUCAAUUCAAACUGAGAGUGUGACGACAUCAGCUACAUCUAAGGGCCUUCCUGAACUUCCAAAAGCACCAAAAGUGGCUACUGGACCUAAGAUCUCUGAGCUAAGGGCUAAAGCCGAAGCACAGGGCCAUGGUCUUCGUCGACUACGGAUGUGCCUUCGAGAUGUUUGCAAUCGGGUUCUUUAUGAUAAGAGGUUCAGUGCCUUCCAUUAUCCAGUCACAGAUGAAGAUGCACCAAACUACCAUGCAAUAAUCCAGAACCCUAUGGACAUCGCAACGUUGCUGCAGCGUGUUGACAGUGGAAAAUAUAUCACAUGUAAAUCAUUCGUGGAGGAUUUCGACCUCAUUUUGGCUAAUGCUAAGAAAUACAACGGGGAUGAUUACAACGGAUCUAGGAUCGUCAGUAGAGCACAUGAACUUCGCGAUUCUGUUCACGGCAUGCUAUCCCAGAUGGACCCUUCCUUGGUUACAUUUUGUGACAAGAUCGCUGAGGAAGGCGGCCCAAUCUCAUUGCCCGCUGAAGAUGGGACUACUAUCCCUCAACCUCCGGUUACCCAAAUGAUGUCGAUGACUAGGGCAAGUGCCCGUCUUAAUAAUGUGCAGCCUGAAGUCAAUCUAGAUCAGAGCAACGAACCAACUAGGAAGUCGAAGAAACAAACUGAUGCCUCUCAAACAGAAGAGGAUUCGGACCUUGAUUUGGAUCCACCAAAGCCAGCUGAAGAAGCCGAGGCAAACGGUACAGAGCUGCCAACCGUAGAGAUGCCAUUUUCCGAUGGCGACGAGCAGAUGGGAAAUACGACACAAGACAGUGCCAUGUCGCGCGCAGAAACUUCCGACCAAGUGGAUUCCAUCAAGAAGCUGCUGCUGGAUCAGUCGAAAGAGUACAACAUCCCACAGCUCGAGAGAUUGUACACAAGCAUAAUGAAGGGCGUUUUUGAAACAAAGAAUAGGUCUGAGGUAAAAGAUCUUAAAGCCUCGAUUUUGCGGUUUUUGUCCGAGUUUGCAAAAGACAAGUCUAGGUUCUAGCUCCAACCCAUUUUCUAACUUUUAUUAUAGAGUUUUUUCCGAAUUCAGUAAAUUAAUUCUUUCAUA